CUAAAAUUUCGCUCAACGAGACCAUUAUUCAAUUCAUCGUUUCAUCAGUCUUCAGUUGUUUUAGACACUUCACGGAUUAGCACCGCGAAACCGGAGCAAAUAGUGCGAACGAUUUUUCUGCAUGUGAUGUUCGUUUGUAGGGAAAAAUAAGUUAAAUUCGGAACACCAGAAACUUUGAUUGUACAGAGUCUACAAUUUACGACAAUGGAGAAUUUAUGGAGAAAAGAGGAAAAUUUCUCUCGAUCUGUGUACGUUGAUCUCUUUCAAUUUUUUCUCGAAGAAAAUGCACCAACACCUGAUGAUCAUUUAAAAUUGAAACCGAAUCAAAAGAACAAUCAACGAUCAACGGAACUACGCAAUGCUGGAAAUGAGAAAUUUUUGGCGGGAAAUUUGCUUGACGCUAUGCGCUAUUACAAUCAAUCGGUAUGCUACGCAGAGAUUGGCUCGGAAAAUAUUCCCCUGGCCUAUGUAAAUCUGUCGGCCUGUUUCGGCCGUUUACAGAUGCACGAUAAAGCGCUUCGUGGCAUAGAAUUGGCAAAGCAAGCAAACCUACCGGUUCGAAUGCGAUUGAAAGUGGAACAACUCGAGAAGAAAUCGCAAAAAAUGAUAGAUUCUAUUGAAAGGCGGCCAAAUUAUUCGCCCAAAUUAAGCUACGAGGCCAACGCAAAUUACACAUCCAUUGCUAAUGUAUUGGAAAUCAAACAAAACGAUGUAUUCGGUCGACAUAUCGUUGCCAAAUGUGAUAUUCCCGUCGGAAAAAUCGUUUUGUUGGAAGAAUGUUUUGUUGCAUGCACCGACCAAGGUCAUGAUAUGUGCUACACAUGCUAUCGGCAAAUGGAUAACUUUAUCCCAUGUCCAAAUUGUGUCGAUGUUUUAUUCUGUAGUACGGACUGUAUGAACCGGAACACAAUGCAUAAAUGGGAAUGUGGAAAGGGGUCUAUUACAGACCAUAUCAUAUGCAAGCUAACGGUUGAAGCAAUUUUGGUUGCCAUUGACACCUUUUCAGGUGUUGAGAAUUUGAUGGAUUUUAUCGACAAAAAUUUGUGCGGAGACAAUUCAGACCAACUACCAACCUCCGUGCACGACGCUGAGUCCAAGUUUCAAUUUUAUCUAAAAUUGACGAAAACCGGAAUGUUUCAUGAUCUACUACUGUUGGACGUUCAUAUGGUCUAUAACAGUAUUCUGAGCGUUAGUAAAAUUGCCGAGUUAUUCGAUUCGGAAGACAAGCAACGAUUUCUCAUGCACUUAGUUGCACACAUUUACUAUGUGAAUCGAGCCAACGCAAUCGGAAGUGAAAACAUCCGGAAGGUGAUCAACAUAUUUUCAAUGAUAAACCAUUCAUGCGCCCCGAACCUGUACACGCGCUAUACGGGCAAAGUUCAUCACUGCAUUACAAUCCGUCCGGUGAAAAAGGGCGAGCAAUUGUUCAUCAAUUACUUGGGAACCCAGAAGCAAACAUUGAGUCAACGCCAGGCUGAACUUAAGUCCAAAUGGAAUUUUCUAUGUAACUGCGACAAAUGUGAACCACUCGGUGAAUCGAUUGAUCGUGAGACGAUGGUUGGUGAUCCAGCGUAUUCGUUUAUAACCGAAAAUUGUAAAGAAACGGACAAAGCGUCCGUCGUAUUCGAUGAAAGUGAAAACUUUUUAAAUAAAUAUGCGCAUACGUGGUCGGAGGAAGUUGAGGCAGUGCAGGAAAUUUACAAAUCUGCACUGAUUUUAGAACAUUUCAAAAAUACGUUACAAGCAUAACUCGAUGAGUGUCCAUGUUUUAUAGUAUAAUGCCUUUCACAGACGGCUAGAACAUCUGUUGAUGAUAGCAAAUAAGCCAUGAGCUGUGUGGAUAUGCUCAAAGCAAAAAGAAUGGCGGAACUUAUGAAGUAGAAGAUUUUUGUCAUCACGUCCAUAUAUCCUAUUUUCUAAAUGUUGAGUCUAUUUCCUUGCCUCAUUUUCUCAAAACCGAACAUUUUGACGUAAUUGUGAAAGAAGUAAUAGAUUCAAUUACCAUUAUAGCCGUCUGCGAAAUGUUAAAUUUUAUACAUUCGAUUUCUUGGCUGUAAAAAGUCCGAUUAUGACGGAUCAAGCGAUGAAAAGACGCCUAGUUUAUAUAUGUGAAUAAAAUAAUCUUAAUAAUUGCAAAUGCUA